GUUUAUUGGCCCUGGUGGGUUUGGUCGAGUGUAGCUCUUACGGACAUGGUCACUUUCCCAGUCCUACUCAGAGCAUUCCCACUGAACUACUGUAUCUACUACCCGUACUACCUACCCCUGAACCCCCCUCGCUUGGAUCACUGUUUGUGUGUGUGUGUACGUAUAUAUGUACGUACGUAUGUAUGUAUGUAGUAUGUAUAUGCAUUGAUGAAGGGAUGAAGGGAUCGUGCUUUUUCUGUGAAUGAAUCCCAGGCACUUGUGGCCGAUGUACCCAGUAGACUCGAUCCCAUUAUGAAGGUGAACUUGUGUCAAUGUAUGUAAGCAGUCCCACCUCCCACAUGCACCGCCUCCUCGGGACCCUCUGAAAAGCUAGCUUCGUCCAUGACUGAAAGCCCUCCGCCGGAUGGGGCCCGUGGCCCCAUAUCGUCCCUGCCCCGCCCCAUGUCAGCCUUGAUCCUCGCGUACAGGGCCCAGACCGCCCAAUGAUCGCUCAGACUCUUCAUCGGACACUUGUCAUCCCCAUCAUUCUUCUUCUUAGAGUGACUGACGAACAUUAUCCCUCGCCUCGUCCUUGAGUGACGGGGUCCCGCUUGCUGGCGGGCGGGUGGUUAUGGCCGCUGCCGCUGCUUUUGACGGGCGACGGGCCGUCACCCAGGGGGGGUCCGAUCAGGACGAGAGCCAAGAUGAAUGGAUGGCCUGGCGACGGGGUGCGGCUUCGGCUUCGAUUCACCCGGGCGGAAGUGGGUCGGCUCACAGUGGCGGGGCCAUGAGUGCGGCUGAGGCGGCGCGAGCCCGUAUUCGAGCUCGCCGAAACCGAAGUGCCGACGAAAGUGAGGACGAAGGCCAAAACCUUCAUCGCGAUUCAUCUCGAUCCAUGCCUGACAAAGUUCGAGAGAUUCUCUGCGCUCUUGUUCAAAAAUCUGGAGUCACCAAGGCCAAGAAAUUGACUUUCUUGAACUCGUUAGUCAAACUCUUGACGCAAAAUCCCGAGGCACGCGACUUCGGGCUCCGAAAGCGAGAGGUGCUCAUCUGCUUACGAAUUCCCCUCACUCACGACUCGGCGGAGGUUCGGGCAGCUACUCUUCGAGUACUGCGAUAUCUAGCCACGGAGGAGAACGACGUUCGAGACCUGAACCGAGUCAAUAUCCAUUACCUCAUAGCCAAAUGCCUUGAUAUCGAUCUGGACAAUCGAUUGGAACGGGUUCAUGCCGUCCGCCUAGCCCGAAAAUGCCUCUUCCUCGCCCCGCAAUAUCUCUCGCCUACGAUCGUUCGCAGUCUCGUGGCUGUGGCUCAAGGCGAUCCCAAAGAUCCCGAUCGCCUCCAAAGGGCCUGCUUGGCCAUCCUGUGCGAGUUGAGCCUCUUCAAUUCGGACUUGUUUGUUCGUUGUCAAGGGGUGCAUGUACUCACGCACUCGCUCUUGGAUUGCAACAUGCCUCGGAUCACGGAAGCCGUGCUUGGGUCGCUGCUCCAUUUGUACAACCAUCCCGAGACACGCACCUUAGCCAAAAUUCGACUGGACUUGAUCGUAGCCCCCUACACGGGGUUUCGCUACGUUCACCAUGAGCAAGCCCCUCAGGAUGGUUCCACGAACGAGGUCGAGUUUCACUUCCAAAGUGCUCACCACGUGAUUCUGUCCACAUUGCGAUCCUGGUCGGGUUUGACGCAUUUGGCUCGUUUCACCGACAAGUUGGGUCAUCCGGUGCGAUCACCUAUCAAAUCCUUGGUCGAAGUCCUGCAUCUCAAUCGCUCCGAAACCAGGAAACUAGUCAUACUAUUACUGUUUGAGGCUUUGAGCCUGGUGGUUCCCAAACAUUACAACACUCAUGAACGCGCCUUGGAGUACAUCAAAUGCGACCACUUCAGAGACUUGUGGAAGCUCACUGACGGAUUCGUGGCCUCCGAGGGUCUCGACAUCCUCCCGCCACUCUCAUGUCCCAGGCCCAACUUGUUGGAUUCUCAUCUUAGUCUAUUGCUGUAUUGUUUGCUGUCUGCCAAAUUACCUGAUGCCUUGGCCGUUGUCAUCGUGAACUCGGACACCGAGCUUUCGGUUUUGGCCACGAUCCUCCUGGGCGAGUUCCUUUACCUUGCAUAUCGUCUCCUUCCUCGGGAAGUCAACAUCGCCAGUCACUGUCUUCCGCCACUUCUAGACGAGGUGGCCUCCCCUGAUCAUGUCAAAGCUUUAAAGGCCCAAGAAGCCGUCACGGCCCUGAGACAAUGCCAUGCCUUGAAGAAGCGAGGACCCGUGGCCAAUAGCCUUAUCCUGGACCAAAUCUUGACCAACAGUUCUCGUGGUUCGGAUUUCAUGGGCGAGCCUUUUGUGGGCGAUCGCAUCCAAUUAUCUCCGGUACCGUGGAGCUACCAAGGCUUGAUGAAAUCGUCGGAAGCGAGCAGGGAUCGAACCAGUGGACAAACAUUCAUUCACGACAGCAAAGUGACCUCAACCUCCGAGGCUGAUGAAUGGGAUUGGGACGCCGUCACUGCCUUGUUCAAGUGGCCAACUGAAUCGUUUAUGGCUUUGGAGACGACCAUGGCUCGACAGUUCAUCAAGCGAAUCACGGACUUCUACUUGCCUAGUAACGAUCUCUUUGCCAAGGUGGACUUGAACAAGAGUCGAGCCAAGUACCUGGCACGAACGGGCUGUUAUUUCUUCGAGUUUCUACUCAAGAGCAAGUCGCCGGAUUCGAGUAAGGCCCUAGACGAACUGUUGGACGAUAUCUGCUCUCAAGUCCAAACUCUCUUAAACGCCUCGCCCAGCUCGUACGGGAACUGUCUCUUCAGUCCGAAUCGGAUCGGAACCACAUGUUGUCAGCAUUAUUUCCUGUUUUUGGGACGCCUCUCCAAGUCAGACGAGGGCCGCAAGAUCCUGGACGCGCAUCAGGUUCUGCAAAGCUUGUUCUCUUUGCUACUCCUGAAGAACGAAAUGUACCUGAAACUCAUAGUUGCCUGUUUGGAUUACUCGUCCCCGGAUUGGGGCUCUCGCAAUCUUCUAAGGAAAGCCCUGAGAGAGACGUCCGAAUCGUGUCGAAUCUAUAGUACGCGUUUUUUGGCCGUCCUGGUGCGAAGUCGAACCCCGAGUGUGGCCCAAUGGGGCAUCGAGUUUUUGGUCAAUCAGCUCUUUGACGAGUCCAAGGUGAUCCCUUGGAUGGCCUUAGAUUUCCUCUUGGAAGCCUGUUCGGAUAAGAUGAACCUCGAGGCCAUGAUUUGUACCCUAUCGCAUAGAAUCAAUACCUUGGAUCACCUUGGCCUUCGGGGAAGCUUGCUAGUCACGUUGAUGCUGUCCUCCGCCAACGGGUUCAAGUACUUAUCCAAGGUGGGCUACAUUCGCGACCAAUUGUCGGCGUGGGCCCAAGGACUGAACCUUGAAUACGUGCGCCACGUAGAAGAGCUUCUGAACGACGGAUUUUCUCAUCACCAGCACACAUUGGACCAAACGUACGGACGUCGCACGCAGGAAGCUCACAAGCUCCGCAAUGUGUUCGUGCCUCCGCAUUUGUACGGACAACUGGCCCAAACUCCCGAGGGCGUGAAAAUGCUCUUACACGAAGAGGCCUUCAAAGAUAUGUUGGCCUUAGUCAAAGUCAAGAACCGCCGUCCGAGCAACAGCGGCAAACCUUAUCUCAAAACUAGUGAUAUUUUGCAACUCAAAACUGCCAUUUGGGGGAUUUGUCAUGUGGGCUCUUCGCCUUUGGGCGCCGCUUUCAUUGAGAAAGAAAACGUGCUCCACAUUCUGAUCACUUGGGCCGAGACCUCGAUCUACUACUCCCUUCAAGGAACGGCCUUUUACGCACUCUCCCUACUGGCCACCCACCGGAAGGGCGCCAAAAUGCUCGCGGAAUUGGGUUGGGUAUCUCUGCGCUACGCCAGCGACGACAAAUGGCCCGUUCCCGAGGAACUCGAGGCCCACCAUUUACAGGCCAUGCAAUUGAGUCUGGAAGGCCAACCUAUGUCAGUCCAAGAGGCCGAGAAGUCUCUAUUCGGUCUGUACGACUCUCAAAGCGAUCCUCACGGACAGGGUCUGGAUCGCGGGCGAAUUUUGGACGAUUCGGACCACCACGACCUGGAUGAGCGCUCACUGUCCUCGCGGUCGGACACCAGUUCCAAGAACAUCUCCACCCGCAAGCGGUUGAGCGCCAUGUUCAGGAGCUUCAGUUUGGGUCAGAAAUCUGAAGAGCAAUCUUCCGGCAACGAGGACUCGAAUAAGAAGAUCCCUGCCAAACUGAGAAGGCGUCUCUUUCAAACCAAGAGCUUCGAAGUGGACUCGGAUACUCAUCCCGAGGACAUGCCUAAAUUCCGCUUAUCCUUGGCUACCAACGACUCAGGAUCCUCCCGAGGCCAUUCCGAGCCCCCGGUGGAGGUGGCGCCCAUAGCCACGCCCGAUGGCGAUUCGGAUGUGAUCUUGGCCUCUCCUGUUCACGCCGAAUCGACGCCCAUUCAUAAUCAGACACCCAGUACGACGUUCACCAAUAGCUCAAGCACGAGUGGGGUGAGCUCCCAAGGAUCGACCCCGAUCUCCAAACCAACCUCUCAUUUCAAUCCCUCGGCGCCACGCCGGCUAUCGCCAAUCCCGUCUUCCAGCUCCCUCAGCAACCUCAAAAGCCCCCUGAGCCCACCUCCCGAGAUUCACGAGCCCCGUCCCAUGGAGACCCUGGCUCCGACGAGUAGUUCCCAGGUGGUGCUUCGAUCCCGACAAGCCAUUCGAUCCGGACAACGCACUUGCAGUGAGAGUGAGGCUGCCAAUCUGACCCUGAGCCACCUCCCGACCUCGACAGCCACACAUUUGGUCCAACCCGAGACAGCCUUCUCGGCCACGAGCGUCUCCAGCAUCAGCUCGUGGCAAAACGAGCAGAACCCGGGCUACCUCACCUUGAGGAGCAUACACAACAAGCGUCGACCGCCGCUGAUGUUGAGCGACUCAACCGACACGCCCGCCUUGGAAUCGCCCUCAGCCCACAUGGUCACGCCACACGUGGGUGAAAGUGGCUUAGAGAUGAAGGCCGUGCCGCACCGGCAGGACACGUGGACGCGGAAGACGCGCAGUUUGGACUACCGCGUGUUGAACAAAAUGCGACCUCGACUGCCCAGCCAAGUGUCCAACCACGAUUUCACGUCCACAACCCGUCGAUCUCAUCGGCCCACCAUGAUGAUGAUGCCUCUUCGCGAGGAGAGCGAAGACAACGGCGGACCCGAGCGAAAAUUUUGGGGCAUCACCAUGCCGCUGAACGUUGACGUGCUCUUCCCCAAAGACGACCUCCGGGACGGAGGCAAUUUCUCCCUUCUGAGCGAGGACUUCCUCUUCCAUUCCAAUCAGCCCCAUUUGAGCUCGUGGCUCAAGAACCAGGUGCGGCAAAGCACUCGACGUCGGUCGUCUUUGAGCACCGAGCAGGCGGCCAAUUUCCAGGGCCUCGAAUUCCACACCCAUUCCAAUUGUCUCGGCUGCUUCCGGAUGAACCUCAUCGAGGGCCUCGUCGAAGAUGAGCCUGACUCUGGUCCCUUGCCUCGACCCCGGUCCGGAUCGCUCUCCGUGGUCUGUCCGGGCUCGUCCCAGUUCCAAAACGAGGACUACUGUCAGCAAACCCGCCUGAUUCAAUCGAAUCAAGGAUCUCCCAUCGCUCUCCGCAAAGUUCAAUCCAAUCGGCGUGAGAGCGUCAUGGCCGUGAUUGGAAGUGGCGAAUCAUUCAUGGAUGACUUGCAGGGUUCCAACACGAGUGCACGAAGUGACUUUGACGGGAGUAGAACGGCUCAAAGCACAGUCGCCACGAAUUUCGUGUCGGGAAAUGCGGGCCCAUCCAAUUCGGCCGGAACGCUCACCGAAGGCUUCCUGAGCAAGGUCAAUCAACGCAAAGAGGUUUUGAAAAUGAUUGGGAUCAUGAACGCCACCGUGGGCGUGAAAACCGCCGAGCAAGGCCUUUUAAAAUUUAAACAAAAGUACCCAAAUGUGUUCAACGACCUGUGCUUAUACUCGGAUGUCUGCAUUUUGCUGAGUCGCUACUCGUUCCGAUUGUCCACGCGACGUUUCAUUCAAGAGCUCUUCAUGGAUCUUCACUUCGAGGAGCUCUACGAAGAGCCGUUCAAACUGCUCCAAUUGGAGUUCCCAUUGGCCAACUUUGUUGCGCCGGGUGGCCUGGAAUCGUGUCAUCCUCCUGGUGCCUCUGGUCCGGCCUUGGGUCAACUCAUGGAAACGCCCCUGGAAGACGUCUUGUAUAUGGCCUAAAUGGGCGCGAACUCACUCGCACGCUCACUCUUUGUGAUAGCUUUUGAAAGACGGUUUUAUGGAGAACUAAUGACAUCGCCCAUACUAGACUUGUGGUUAACGUUGAAGAAAAAUUGAAAAAUUGACAAUACAAAUAAAUCAUUAGUAUGUAUGAACCUAA